AUGUUCUAUAUCUAUGCGUUUGUUAUCAAUUGUAUCCUAAGAACUGUUGUUUGUCAAGAAACUGCAGCUCCUUACGAUAUACGUGUCGAUCAUUAUAAAGUUGAUGUAACAAAAGAUUUAGUAAUCAAUACUGCGCGUCCUCAAAUAUCGUGGAAAAUCGCAGCGUUCAACGACGAUCGAAACGUCUAUCAAACAGCUUAUCAACUUCAAAUUCAAUCACGCAAAACACAAUGGGACAGUGGGCAGAUAAUAUCAAAACAAUCACUUCAUGUUUCUUAUACUAAUCUCGAUGAACUGCAUUCGACGACGUUCUACCAACUUCGUUUACGAAUUUGGACCACGUUGUCGAACGAAUCAAGUGCCUGGACCGAAUGGAUACGUUUCCGAACGUUUAUGUUUGAUAUUCAAACGACGAUUGCAAACAGAGCAAGUGAAUUCAUGUGGAUAGGAUCGAAUAUGAUACCUAGAAAUGAGUUUCGAAAAGAAUUUCAAGUGCCAGGUGGAAGUCCAAUUCAAUCGGCAGUCGUUUUUAUAUCUGGUUUGGGAUAUUAUGAAUUAUAUGUCAACGGAAAUAAAACAGAUUUGAGUCGGAAAUUAGAUCCUGCGUGGACUGUAUACGAAAAACGUACAUUAUUGGUUUCAUUCGAUCUAUCCACGAUUAUUAAAGUGGGAAUGAAUGCAGUUGGUGUUCGAUUGGGGAAUGGAUGGUAUAGUCGAGAGCAAAAUACUUUUCCAAUGCCACCAGCUCAACCUCUCUAUGGUUCACCCCGUUUUCUGUUUUAUUUGAAGAUUUUCUUCGAAGAUGGAAGCGAAUUCGAUCUGGGGAGUGACACGACUUGGAUAGGGCGUCAAAAUGCUAUUCUACACGAUAGUAUUUACAAUGGAGAAUUCGUUGACAGUCGCUAUGAUCGCCCCAAUUGGUCGCAGAUAGGAUUCAACGACACACUUUCGUUGUGGUUACCAGCUGACGAAAUGCCAUCUCCAUUAAACAAAACCUUACCUGGUCAUCUAGUCAUGCAAGAUAUGCCUCCGAUUCGUGCAGGAGCUGAUGCGUUACAUAUUGAAGUUUCGACUGAACCUAUUGGCGAGUAUUUAAAACCGAGCGAAUUUGGUCAAAUUCUGGGCGGUAAGUUGAGUGAUGGUGGGGUCUUAAAACCAAUUGCCACAUGGUCACCAACUAUAGGAGUACAAGUGUUCGAUAUGGGUCAAAAUAUGGCUGGUUGGUGUCGAAUAAAACUUCGAGGUCCACGCGGUGUUGGCAUCUAUAUUCGUCAUGGAGAAGUGCUGACUCUACCAACUGUUACCACGAAACAAGCCAGUGGCGAGGUGUACACAGAAAAUCUUCUUGGUGCGACUCAAUCUGAUACCUAUGUAUUACGUGGAGAUCCAGCAGGUGAAAUCUAUGAGCCAACUUUCACCUAUCAUGGGUUUCGCUAUGUGUCAAUUUAUAAUGUGCAGGGUGAAAUGGCACUUGGGGAUGUAGAAUGUCCCGUUGUUCACAGUGAAACAACAUUGAAAGGACAUUUCACGACAAGUAAUCCAAUUAUCAAUCAGAUUCAACAUAAUAUUCAGUGGAGUCAGCUGAAUAACCUUAUGUCACUACCAACAGAUUGUCCGCAACGACAAGAACGUCGAGGGUGGUUGGGCGACGCCGCUUUAACUGUGAAUGAAGCUUUGUACAAUUUUGAUCUGAUCAAAUUAUACAUAAAUUUCCUUCAUUCGAUUGUUGAUAGCCAAGGUCCUGAUGGUUCCGUACCUGAUACCGUACCGUUUGCAGACGGUGAUUAUCCAGCUGAUCCCAAUUGGGGUAGUGCCUUUCCAACUAUUGCUUGGCAAGUCUAUCGUCAUUAUAACGAUCCUGAAGUUCUGUAUAAUUUCUACACUAAUAUUCGCACUUACGUUGAAAGUGUUCAUACGGCUUAUAAAUCAACCGGCUUAGCAGGCCUUUUCUAUUCAUAUAGUGAUUGGGUGCCUCCUCCGCCAGAGCCAAGAGUGAAUGGAUCUCUCGCUUCAUCAUUUGCUUUUCUACAUGAUGUGUCGUUGUUAGUCAAUAUAUCUCAAGUUAUUCAUAAUACAAACGAUACAGCUGUGUAUUUGGCAUUAUAUCAACGAUUAGCCGAAGAAUUUCAUCAAGUCUUUUUCAAUCGCACAUCGAAUUUCUACGAUGACGGUUCACAAACUGCACAGAUAUUUGCUCUCGCUCUACCCAACGUAGUGCCAAACAAUGUUCGUCAUUUUGUCCUAGACCGUCUAGUAUCAGAUAUCAACCAAAAAGAUAUCCAUGUUUCAACAGGAAUUCUCGGCACUGCCUUUUUGUAUCCAUUGUUAUCAGACAACGGCUAUCAUGAUCUCGCACUUCGACUGAUAACAUCCACUACCUAUCCAUCGUAUGGUUAUAUGUUCAACAAUCCUUAUGAAAAUGCUACAACUCUUUGGGAACUUUGGAAUACACCUUUCGAAGGACCGCAAAUGAACUCGCGCGAUCAUAUUAUGUUUGGAAGUGUUGGUGCUUGGUUCUACUCUCACUUAGCAGGUAUUGAUUUUGACACAGAUUCCAUUGUCAUUCAUCCACGUUUGGUAACUGAAAGCAACAAACAUCUUCUACCUAAAGUUGACUGUCAACUGAAUACUAGACAUGGUCUCAUUCAUGUUGCAUAUACUCGCGAUGCAACACCGAACUCGAUUCGACUUCGACUUCAUAUUCCACCAAACACGCGAGCUCGAGUGAUAUUUGAGCCGUUGUUUUCCGAAGCUAGAUGCUCUCGAAUCAUUGAAGGAAAUGAACUGAUCUGGCUAACGGAUCGAAACUCGACUUUUAACAAACAGAAUCUUGAACUCGAGCUCAAAACUGGCUCAAUGAUUGCUUGGAUCGGUUCCGGCAAAUACGAGUAUGAAGUUUAUUGGGAAUAG